GUUGAAAUGUGUGUCUGUCCAUGGAUUCAUUUCUCUGCUCUCCAACACACCACACCCUGCCUGCUGCACUUUUCCACAUCUUUGUCGUUGUCCAUCCAUCGUUGGUUGGUUUUUUCCGUGUCCGCCAAACGAAGGAAGGGACCAGGUAGCAAGCAAGGAUGACAGACAGUAAGUGCAGCUCACUUUUCCACCCCACCCCACACCCCCAUCCAACCCGAUUAUCACGCAACUCGCCCGCCCCAAGCAGAGAGGAAGGAAGGAAUGGAAUGGGUGGGACGAACAUACGCACGUACAAGUGUGUCUCCACUCACACAAGAGUGUGCGCCUCCAUGUCUUCUGUCUGUGUGUCUCGUGCCCGAUUUGUGGACCGCCAUUUUGUGGACGGGCCGGGCUGGCUGGACCUCUCUCUCUCUCUCUCUCUGUGUGUGUGUGUGUGUGUGUGUGCAUGUGCUGUGCUGUGCUGACGGGACUGCGUGUGUGUGGAGAGAGGGGGAGGGGGGGACACAUGGCAUGACAGAGACAUCAGGCCAGUCAGCUGACGAUCGCGAUGUCUCGGCUUCAGCCACUCUACGUGCAUCCCCUCUCAGCUCUCAUCGUUGCUUAAGCUGAUCAGGGAGAUCAACGCACCAACACAGCUGCUUGGACAACGAGCGUCCCACGAACGAACACAUCCGAUGGAUGCAGACAGCGGGGUUGCUCCCAUAGAGUCACAUCCACAAUCAGGCAGACAGACAUAUCGGCGGGCCACGAACCAUCUGGCUUCUUCGUGUCAUGAGCCCUUCUUCUGCCGCUGCACGACGCUCGUCAAGGAUGGCCGUUCAGACGGAGAAGGGUCAGACACGCCGUUCUCCACUGAGUGAGGUUUGGCUGCCUCUUCGGCUGUAAAGAAGCUCCCUAUCCACCGACCAGCGUCCAACACCACGUCUGCACACACACACACACACACACACACACACACACGCCAGCGGCAGGCACCCACGUGCCCAACACCGAACGACGGCUGUGUGUCGUCACUCGUAACGCUCUCCCACGUACUUGGCGGCUCGAUCUCGAUGACGAUUGGCUUGUCAGGCGUCCCCUCCUCAACAAACACGUCCUUGAUGAGGCAUGGUGGCAGGCGGUCUCGUGCCACCGCUUCUGCCCACAGGUCACUCGCUUCUUUGCGGAGGUACUUGAACAACGGCGGAAAGGCUUGCCAGUGCCUCUCAAACCCCACGUGCGGGAGAGCUGCGUAAGCCUUCGUGUAUUGGAUGACAUCCGCUGUGAAGAUCACGAGAUCGGUGUCGUCCGUGUAGGACACAGGGAACGGACCAACCAGCCGGAAGGGCUCGCGUAGUCGACUCUUCUGCAUCACUUCCACCAACCAAUCCGCGCCGUGCUGGAACGCACCACACCCUUCUCAGCCUCGGUCAGGUCUGCACGUGCACCAGGCUCUCGUCUUCGUGCAACACCUGCAUCUCUGGACACUCAGACACAGAGAGAGAGAGAUGUCAGCACAUCUGACCUUCUGGCUGCUUCUGGCCACGUGUAGAGCUCAAUAUAGGUAGAGCUUUACUGUAAGCCUCUCUCCUGCUGAUUUGUGGUAUUUGGCGGGGUCUGUGCGUCCUUCUCC